UUGUUAGCAUCGCACAACAUUCAUGUUUCUAGUCAUUUUUAAUUUCGGUGAUUGAGUUUAGCAUUAACAAGAGUGAGAAUGCAUCUGUUCGUUGCGAGUGUCGUCUGCGUGCUGCUGGCGCUGAGCUUUCCAGGCAUCAUCUCCAGACUUGAAGACAAAUUCACUAACUGCAGUGAGUUCUUUUCUAAGGGAGAGCCUCCAGUUAUUUCUGGCAUUCUGGAGAAUUCAGAGCCACAGAAUAAUGAUUACAGAGUAGUCUGUCAAAAAUACAAGAACAAGACCAGGUAUGCGACACUUUACGACACGAAGAAGAAGAUUCCAGUUUUUUCUGCUUACAAAUACACUGGGACCAAUGAGCUCACGAGACCAGAAAUUCCUUGGAUGAUCGAGUUGCAGCUUGAACCUUCAGGUGCUCAAAUGUGUGCGCCAUUUGCCAAACAGGCUAGAAAUAGAGACUACAGGGUAAUAAACACCGUCUAUAGACCCAGUGCCUUAUUUCCUAUGAAUCACACUGCUGAAAAAGAUACUGCUGAAUCUACAUUUACACUGACCAACAGUGUGCCACAGAAUACCCGCUUCAAGGAAGGAAUUUGGACUCUUGUGGAAAAUGCAAUUAGGGAAAACAUGGAUAACUACUGUCUAGACAACAAUAACAAGACGGUUGCCUAUGUGCUGACAGGAGCCAUACCUGGUGACAAAAACUUGCGCACAGUGAACAUUCCAUCACACAUGUGGACGGCGUUUUGCUGCUAUAGCAGUGCAACAACAUCAUGGGUCUCUCAGACAUACUGGACUGAAAACAUAAGUAAUAAUGAUGUGACCAACAUCACGCUCGGAAGCCUGGAGGAUUUACAGAUAUUCCUGAAUGAAACAUUGGGGAGGAAAGUGGAGCUGUUUAACAACAACUGUGUGGAAAUGUAAAUAACAGUGUUCUUCACAUGGAGCAGUGCAGAUCAGAUGGUUGAUGAUUUGGUUUCUUCUAAAGCACUUUUACAAUCCUAGAGAUUUUUUUGAAAAACCGUGUUAAACGUGAAUGUUUAUUAGCACAAAAAAAUAGAAAUAAACGUAUGUAACUGUCAUAUAACUUCAAUAAUGCUUGCAAAUGCAAAUACGUUUAGGUAUUUAGCAAACGUAUUUAUCCAAAGUGAAACAAUGAAGCGAUAUACGAUGCAAUUAUAUGGGCAUAUCAGAAUACUGGAAUAUUGUUGACUUAAUCUGUGUAGUUGUAUGUACUUUAUCAUUAAUGCAAAAAUGUUUUGUGUAUGUACAGUAGUGGUUUUAUUGUACUAUGCAUGAACAUAAAA